AGACUUCCUGCGCCUCUGCCGCUCCCUUUGCCGCCGCCUUAGCCGGGGACCCGGACCCAGCCUCUCCCCUACCCGGUCACCGGCCCCGGCUUCACCGAGGCCCCGGUCCCCCAGCCCCGCCUCGCCGCCGCCAUGGCGGACCCUAAAUACGCCGACCUUCCCGGCAUUGCCAGGAACGAGCCAGAUGUGUAUGAAACCAGUGAUCUACCUGAGGAUGAUCAAGCGGAGUUUGAUGCGGAGGAGCUGACAAGCACAAGUGUGGAGCACAUCAUUGUCAAUCCUAAUGCUGCCUACGACAAGUUCAAGGACAAGAGAGUGGGAACAAAGGGACUCGAUUUCUCGGAUCGUAUUGGAAAGACCAAGAGGACAGGCUAUGAGUCUGGAGAAUAUGAGAUGCUUGGAGAGGGCCUGGGAGUGAAGGAGACUCCCCAGCAGAAGUACCAGCGACUACUGCAUGAGGUCCAAGAGCUGACAAGUGAAGUUGAGAAAAUCAAGACGACAGUGAAGGAGUCAGCCACUGAGGAGAAGCUGACCCCCGUGGUGCUGGCCAAACAGCUGGCAGCCCUGAAGCAGCAGCUGGUUGCUUCCCACCUGGAGAAGCUGCUGGGACCAGAUGCCGCAAUCAACCUUACCGACCCCGAUGGAGCUCUGGCUAAGCGCCUACUACUGCAACUGGAGGCAACAAAGAACAGCAAAGGGAGCUCAGGGGGAAAGACGGCUGGUGGGACCUCCGUAGAGAGCAGCCUUGUCACUUACGAACUGCAUUCUCGGCCUGAGCAGGACAAGUUCUCUCAAGCUGCCAGAAUUGCAGAACUCGAGAAGCGCCUGACGGAGCUGGAGGCAGCUGUUCGCUGUGAUCAGGAUGCGCAGAACCCCCUUUCUGCAGGUCUGCAGGGAGCCUGUCUUAUGGAGACUGUAGAGCUGCUGCAGGCAAAGGUGAGCGCCCUGGACCUUGCAGUUCUGGACCAAGUAGAAGCUCGGCUACAGAGCGUCCUGGGGAAGGUGAAUGAGAUUGCCAAGCAUAAAGCCUCUGUGGAGGAUGCAGAUACACAGAGCAAGGUGCACCAGCUGUAUGAAACCAUUCAGCGCUGGAGCCCUGUCGCCUCCACCCUUCCGGAACUGGUGCAGAGACUCGUUACCAUCAAGCAGUUGCAUGAGCAAGCCAUGCAGUUUGGUCAGCUCCUGACACACUUGGAUACCACUCAGCAGAUGAUUGCUAGUUCUCUCAAAGACAAUACCACCCUCUUGACCCAGGUGCAGACAACCAUGCGUGAGAACCUGGCCACAGUUGAGGGCAACUUUGCCAGCAUUGACGAACGGAUGAAGAAGCUGGGAAAGUGAGCACCUCCGGGAGACGGAGACGGGGGUAAUUCCGACCCCUCUGAACUGUUAACAGCUUACAUAGGAUUUCCCCCUCACCUUAACUCUUGCAGUCCCAAUUCCAUGUGACACUGGGAGCAAGGGUUCUUGCAUGUGGGGUCCAUCCCCCUCCCCUGAUGAAUACAGAGUGGCGGCUGGAGGGUAUUAGAUGGCGCACCCCCCGCGGGCCCAGGGGAUGAGGACGUGGGCCCAGCCACACGGCGGCUCACGUCCAGUACUGCUUUGCCGGGUGUGGGGAAGGACGGGGUCCUGUCCAGCACAGCUUUUGUGGCUGACUGUACUACUACACAUCUGAUUCUGCCCAUUAAAUGCUGUUGUACUCUG